AUGAAGCGAUAUUUUAUCCUCAUAUAUAGAGCCGCACCGGGUAAACACACACGAAAAAGAAUAAUCACGGCAGGAGAAAUCAUAAAGUCAUCUGGGGAUUUGUCUAGAGUAGAUAGACAGGAAAUUAUUGAAAAACUUUUAACUGGUUAUGAAGCGACUGUUGCCCCAACAGAACAUGAUAUUCCGGUGACAGAUAUAGUCCAACUUUACAUACUCAGCAUUGACUCAAUUAGUGAUUCCAGCAUGGACUACGAUAUGUCUUUUUACCUCAGACAAAGAUGGUAUGACCCCCGUCUUCAAUACAACGAAUCAUUGGGAGCAGAUGUUUUGGAACUGGAUCCCAAAUUGAUGGACAAAAUCUGGGUACCAGACAUCUAUAUAAUUAACGAAAAGACCGCCAAAAUCCACGUGGUCACCGUCCCUAACAAAAUGAUGUAUAUAUACCCUGACGGUCUCGUGCUCUACAGCGCUAGGGUAUCAGGGGUGUUUUCUUGCAUGAUGGAUCUACACAAAUACCCGCUAGAUAAACAGAUCUGCGACAUACGUCUGGAAAGCUAUGGACACAGCGCAGCCACACUGAUUGUUAGGUGGCGGGAAUCUCCAGCAGAGAUCUCUAAAUCCCUGCGCCUUCCGCAGUUUGACAUCAAUCUGCUUAGAUCCUUCCAUUGUGAUCAGCAGUAUAUGGGAAUAAACUACACCUGUAUCGGGCUGGACAUACACCUAAUGAGAAACAUAGGAUACUACUUGACACAGACCUACAUCCCAUGUAUAUUAGUCGUAAUCCUCUCCUGGGUUAACUUCUGGCUCAGCGUCGACGCGGUACCCGCCCGAAUUUCCUUAGGUCUCCUUACGGUUCUCACGAUGACGACACAGAGUUCCGCUGCCGUUAGAGGCCUGACAGUUGUGUCAUAUGUCAAGGCCAUGGAUGUGUGGGUCUUUGCUUGUUUAUUUUUUGUUUUUGCCGGACUUUUGGAGUUUGCUUGGGUCAAUGUAUCAAAUAGAGUAGAAAGUCGACGGAAGUCCAUAACAGAUUUACCGGGUCUGGUGAACGGAAAGGUAUCAAGUUCUCCAACAAAGGAGUCUCCGAAACAUAGAGACGGGUUUUUCUUUAAACCAUCGAAAAACCGAGAAAAGGCCAGAAACAUUGAUCGAGUCUCUCGUUUUUUGUUCCCCAUAGCAUUCAUUUUGUUCAAUGCUGCGUACUGGUCUAUAUACCUAGUUCUCUGGGAGCCCGUCCAGGACAAGCACGAGGAUAGCGAAGGAAUCACCAUUCCAGUAAACCUUAAUGACUCAUGAUGACGCCAUGUAAUGACGUCAUGUGACGUCGUAAAAGCUUAAUUUGAUUGUGUUCACAAAAGAUUUUUUCAAAAUAGUUUUCCAUUUUUGUGUUCAUGGAUGAUUUUCUUGGAGAUGAGGAAAUCC